UAGGAGGGGACGGGACUGUUAGGGACGGUUAGGCUAUGUUUAUAUUGAUAUGUUUGAGUGAAAUAUACUCUGCCUUUCAUUACACAAACGCAUAGUAUUUAAGGCACAAAAAAUUCCCAAAACUAUUCCCUAAAUAAUUAGUGACAGGUUUUUUCGGGCGAAAAAAGUCAUUCAUUUUCGUCGAAAAACUUAUUUUAAAUAUUUAUCUUAAAUUUGUUUGAAAUUACGUUUAAAACAAAUAAGUAAUGAAUAUUUCAAACUAUAUUCAAUGCAUGUGUGGGUAAAGGAGUAAUGCAUUUAUCGCUAUAAUAAUCGGUAGUUUGAAUGAUAAGUUUGAGUGCUUUGCCAUUUGUAUUGAUGGCUCAAACACGAUGAGUGCCCGUACGAGUUCACCCGACGCCCCCAUCGCCCCCAUCGCCACCACCUCUGCCCCCAAUAAUGGCUUAUUAAGACUCAACUCAUUGACUGCUAACACAAACACCACUAAUAAUAACAACAAUGAAAACAAUAAUGAAUUUGUAAGGGAUGUCCAAAAGGCCGGUUGGCUCCGAUACCUGCCAUUCGCCGAAAGGCCGUCCACUUCGGCGGGCGUUGAAGAGCACCGGUUUUGGGUGGUGUUUGCCGUACACAACGAGUGCCGGCCAUACCUCGAGUUUUACCAGAAACGACAGAUCACUGGCACUCAUAUCAACGCACAUCCAAACGAGACACAGUGUCCGCCGGUGUCCACACAUUCGCUGCAUCGCUGCCAACACAUCGCACCCGCCAUUACGUGCGGCGACAAACCCUUCAACGAGUUCGCCGUUACGCUCGACACAUAUAUCAUACGACUUGUGGCGGACAGUCAACACGCGAUGUGUGAUUGGAUCGACAGUUUACGGGCCAAACUCAGGCUACUCAAUGUCCUGCCGGCGCCCGACAACCUCUAUAUGAGGGAACCGCAACCCCUUCCCCGACAAAACUCGAUUCGCAGCAAUCAUUUUAGGCCUUUGCCACCCAUACCGAGCCAACAGUUAAGCACAAACUCUACUUUGACACCUGUGGCACCUGUGGGGCCCGGUACGAGUGCGAGUCACAAUACUGUAGCCAAUAAUUACCUGCACACAGCUCUUCCCUUAACACCGGGACCAUUGGCGCCGAUCUCUACGCCCUCGUCAAGUGUGGCCACUCCACCGCCGCUCACCGCACAGGCCAGGGCUGCCUCACCCACAGAGAUAUAUGAGGCUAUCUUUGACGAGCGACAACCGGCAUCACUGCCGCCACCCUUACCACCGGUGCCACCACUGCCUCACCGGACUUUGCGCACCACCUCUAUAAACGACGGCUCCUCCCCGUCCACACCCUUAACCAUUGCUUCAUUAGAACCCCUCAAUAGUCACGUGCCAUCAGAAGAGGGUCCGCCGCCUUACGAGUCCAUAGCGGCCGUGUCUUCGACUCCCAUAUCGUUGCGAGAGUCGCAGGUUCUUCGGCUCCGCAAAGAGAUAGCUCAUCCUUCGGGUGUCAGACUUACCGUGCGCAAAAAGGACUGUUACCACUCCAUAGCACUCGUAGAUCUCUCGGACGCCGUAUGGAUAGCUGGAUGGCGUCAGAAGGAGUUUCCCGUUUUGCACAACACGUUUCAUAUCGGGGAUCAACUGCUCAGCAUAAAUGGGGAUCCGGUUUGCUCUGCCAGUCAGGCCUACAAACUGAUUAAACAAAACGCACUCUUACUUGAGAUUAUCGUACGCCGAGUGCCAAACGCGCGGGUAUUUUGCAUUAAACGACGUCAAGAGGGCCAGGAGUUGGGUAUUGUGCGCGACGGCGGACGGGCAGAGAUUGUGGCUGUCAUACGGAGUGGACUGGCAGACAAGGCCGGACUGAACGCCCGGGCCGUGUACGGCGACCAAGAGUGCAACUGGUCAUUGACCGAGAUUAACAACCGGCCGCUCAACAUGUUCUUCAAAGGCCAGGAGAUUGAGGACAGACUUUCGGCGGUCGGCAAAGAAAUAUCAAUUUUAGUGCAACCCUUUGUUUUUGUCAAAUACAUUACCAAACAAUUGAAACAACUGAGAAAUUUUAAGGAUUAUAUCGUUCAAUGAUUUCAUUUAGUUUUACAUCAGAACAUCAGUAUUGCAUUUAUGCACACAUAGUAUUACGUUAAUUACAAUUG